AUGAAGCUCAACCCAAGUAAAUGUGCCUUCGGAGUCUCCUCUGGGGAAUUCCUCGGUUACAUGGUAAGUAGAAGAAAGAUAGAAGCUAACCCUGAGAAGGUCCAGGCGAUUCUCAACAUGCAGUCUCCAGCAUCGACCAAGGAACUUCAAAGAUUGGCAGAAAGGAUCGCAGCUCUGAACAGGUUGAUUUCCAGGGCGACCGAUAGGUUUUCUCCGUCGGCAGUAAGCUCAGCCUUGGUCCGCGAAGAGGAUGGAAACCAGAAACCGGUAUAUUAUAUCAGCCUUGCAUUCAAGGGGGCGGAAGAAAGGUACCCAAGGAUAGAAAAGUUGGCAUUUGCUCUAGUUAUCUCCGCGAGGAAACUCAGGCCUUACUUCCAAGCUCAUACAAUAAUAGUAUUGACGGACCAACCACUUAGGCAGGUUCUCUGCAAACUUGAUACUUCAGGGCGACUCAUGAAGUGGUCGGUAGAACUUGGAGAGUUCGAUAUCCAAUACAAACCCCGAACGGCCUUAAAAGCCCAGGUACUGGCAGAUGUUAUAGCGGAAUUCACACCAGAAGAUGGGCCCGAGCAUGCUGCAGAUAAGCAGGAAGAAGCCGAAUCUACUUGGACGUUAUAUGUAGAUGGGUCUGUUAACGCCCGUGCAAGUGGGGCAGGGCUAGUAAUUAUCUCCCCAAAUGGGGAAUGCAUCAAAUAUGCACUCAGGUUUGGUUUUAAAGCAACCAACAAUGAGGCAGAGUAUGAAGCCCUCCUAGCAGGCCUCAGGAUGGCGAAAGCUUUGGAAGUUGAACGACUAGUAGCAUAUACUGACUCUCAACUAAUAACUGGACAAGUCCAGGGGGAAUAUGAAGCCAAAGAUGAGAAGAUGAAGACCUAUUUACAUAAGAUAGAGGAUAUCAAGGGUUUUUUUAAGAAGUUUUCUAUUCACCGGAUUCCCCGAGAAGAGAAUGCGCAGGCAGACGCCCUGGCUCGACUGGCAACCACAGAGGAAGAUAAAGCCAUACCCGUAGGAUAUUUGGAUGAGCCUAGCACGGUCUGGGAUUGGCUACAGAAAAUACACCAGGUGGCCCAUGGCAUGGAGUGGGCAGAACCCAUUAUCAGGUACAUUGAGAACGAAGAGCUACCCCAGGACCACAUGGAAGCAUGA